AUGGGUAGCUUGUUUAGCAAGAGCAAUGAAGACGAUGACCCUAAACAAAAGUAUCGUCUACGUGAUGGGAUCACUCUGUAUGAUGCUGGUGCUAGUCCAUGUGGAAGACGUGUACGUAUGACACUUCUUGAGAAAGGACGACAGUGGAACACAGUUGAAGUGGAUUUGUUAAAUGCUGAGCAGAAAACAGCUGAAUACUUGAAAAUAAAUCCCAAUGGCAAAGUGCCAGCAAUAAUUGUACAUAACGUGGAUGAUAUACCAGACUGUUGUUUGUUUGAAUCCAAUGUCAUAACAGAGUUUCUGGACACUGUUCUGCCAGGAAAUAAACUAUAUCCCAAUGACCCCUGGGAGAAAGCUCAAUGUCAGAGAUGGCAAGAAUGGGAAGUUAGUUUAACUGAUGAUUUUGUACCAUUCAUGUACCACAACCUGUUUAGUUUUGUCAUCAGAGCUACACAACCAAGCUCUGACAGUGCUUUAAGGGGUAAAGAUUGCUCGCAACAUUUGCGUGAUAAAUAUGAAAAAAUGUAUCAUGGAACCUACCAAUCACCUAUUGAGAUGGAACAAAGAGCUAUUGCAUGCUAUGAAAAUUUACUAAUAUUAGAGGAAGAAAUGGAAGGAAAAGAUUUCCUGGUAGGUGAGCAAUUUACGAUUGCUGAUUUAUCAGUAUUUCCAAGAGUUCAAAUGUUUGACAUAAUGGGACUGCCGAUCACAAAGCAGCAUUUCCCCAACGUUUCUCGUUACAUCAAUAAACUUGCAAAAAGGGAAUGCUUCCAGAAAAGUGUGAGCCUCAAAACAAGGAUAUUGGAUCUUGUCAUUAGAUAUUUGUCACCACUGUUGGUUGCCAUUGGAAACUGGAGAAGUGGAAAAAGACAUCAACGAUUUAAUGGGAUGACUGUAAUAAACAGAGUUCUUUCAAACCGCAAAAGUUGCACAAAAGAGAAGAUCACGUCCAUCCCUGCUACAGAAAAGUUUGUCUUGUAUGAGUAUUCAACAGCAGCUGAAAGUUUAAUCAUGAAAAUAUUGCUAAAGGAAAAGGGAGAUACUAGUUACACAACUGUUUCAUGUGAUUUCAUUGACUUGAUUGGUAGACCCAAUGGAUCUGGUGGACUAUUCAGACUACAACACAAUGAUAGGUUGGUUACUGGCAUUAAGACUAUGCUAGAAUAUGUCAACACUGUAGCUACAGGCAAAUCUUUGUACCCAUCAGAUCCUGUAUUGAAAGCUGAAUGUCAAUGUUGGCAAGCUUGGGACCAAACUCUAAACUGGAUUGAAUUUAGUAUUUUAUUAGAAACAGAUAUGGUGUCUCUAAAACUGCAUGAAAGAUUUACAGAAAAAAACAUUGAAGAGCUCCUCAAUUUGAAGAGUAACAUGAAAUAUCAUGCGAAGUUUGAAAAUAUCAUGGCAUUGUACAUGUCAAGACUAAGCAAAACAAGUCCAGUAUGGCAUAUUCUGUCAGCAGAGUUUGGUCAUCUUAUUGUAAGUACAGAAAACAAAAUGAAAAUGACAGCAAUGUAUCAUGAUUUGAUGAAUACAAGAUUGAGGUUUCUGGAAUCACAUCUAAAGAACAAAAUGUACCUUGUUGGAAGUGACAUGACAAUUGCUGACAUUACAGUUUUCUGCCGUUUGCUUUUUUUUCCAUUGGCUUCACUUCCUGUCAGAUCAGAGGAAUAUCCCAAUAUUGCUUCAUGGAUGCUAAGGCUUAGACAGCGUGAAGCUUUUAGAGGGGAAGUAGAGAACUUUGAGAAGGAGAUGAAUAAAUAUAUACAGUUUUAA